CAGAGAAUGCCGUAUCCCAGUACCAGCUUCUAGCGCAGCCCGUUCAGAGCGCCUCCGAAUUGGCUUCGAUAACAGUAUUCUAAGCAUGUGCGACGCCAAAUGCUUACAGGGCUAGGCAUAGUUGCUAGCGGCUUUAUAUCUCUAGGCAAGACUUUACUGUCAAUACACUGGAAAAUGACGGUGUACUUGGCCUUGUUCUCUUGUGUUACUCAUCUAUUAAGCUUGACGGUCUUGAGAAGAUAUUUUCAAAAGCGAUCGUGGGCGAGAUAUAGCCGUCUAGCGUUUAUGCUCGUACUAUUGCUCAUGCUCAUUGUGGCAAUGGUGCCGACGGCAUUCUUCAAUUGGGAAAGGGGCGUAAAGUUAAAGGGCUCCAACUCUGCCGCUGACCUCAACGACCCUGCCAUCUGCUUCUUUUCCAUAAGUUGCGGGAUAGGACUUUACCAAGCACAGUACCCCGUUAUACCUUUCACUCAGACAUCUGCUUUCGUGGAAAUGCUCAUCUCGUAGAUGUUCAUUAGCUUUAGGUUUCUCGCAAGGUCAAUCAAGCUCUCGACUCGUCUAUCUGAACAGC